GUCGACAUGUCUGCCGCAAGCACGACAAGUAUGGACAAGGAGCCAAAGACCGACUCAUCACCACCUAAAGAUGAAGAGGAAGCAUAUCUCACUGGCCUCACACUAUACAGUGUGCUGGUGUCAAUAGUUCUCGUCGUCUUUCUGUUGAUGCUCGAUACCUCCAUCGUGGCCACUGCAAUUCCAAGAAUCACAACUCGAUUCCACUCUCUUGAGGAUGUCGGCUGGUAUNNGUACGGAUCUGCAUACUUGCUCGCCAACUGCGCUCUGCAGCCCCUUGCUGGCAAGAUCUACAAAGAGUUCAGCUACAAAUGGACCUUCCUUUGCUUCUUCGGUGUCUUUGAACUCGGAUCCUUGCUGUGUGCUGUCGCUACUUCUUCGAAGAUGUUCAUCAUUGGUAGAGCAGUAGCUGGCCUAGGAGGUGCCGGUCUGGUGAACGGUGCGCUCUCCAUCAUCGCAGCCUCUGUACCUCUCGAGAAAAGACCGCUCUACAUGGGCUUCAUGAUGGCUUUUAGUCAGCUUGGCAUUCUAUUUGGACCAUUGAUCGGUGGUGCUCUUACCGAGUAUGCAACUUGGAGAUGGUGCUUCUACAUCAACCUCCCUGUUGGUGGUGUUGUCGCGGUCGGCCUCUGCUUCGCUCCGGUCCCAGCUGGACCUGAAAAGAUCGAAGGCAAGAAUUUCAACGCCGGCGCAUUCCUCCGCGGUCUGGACCUUGUCGGCUUCGCAUUGUUCGCACCUGCCAUCAUUCAACUUCUUCUCGCGCUCCAAUGGGGCGGCGCUACAUANCCCUGGAACUCUUCAACAGUCAUUGGUCUCUUCUGUGGCGGUGCAGCAACCGCUCUUGUGUUUUCGGCCUGGGAGUACUUCAAAGGUGAUGAUGCUAUGAUCCCUUUCUCCAUGGUUCGCAGACGUAUUUUCUGGUCAAGCUGCUUGACCGUCUUCUUUACGUUCGCCUCAAUGCUGAUCGUCAAUUUCUUUUUACCUGAGUACUUUCAAGCAGUACGCGGUGCCUCGCCAACAAUGAGUGGUGUCGAUCUGUUGCCCAGCAUAAUCAGUCAGAUGAUUUUUGCUAUCGUCUCUGGUGUCCUGGUCAGAAAAGUUGGCUACUUCCUGCCUUUCUCAAUCGCUUGCGGCGUUCUUACUGCCAUCUCAUGUGGUCUUUUGAGCAUGCUUGGUCCUCACACCUCCAUGGCAAAAUGGAUUGGCUACCAGAUUCUAGGUGGCGUUGGCCGUGGCUGCGGUAUCCAGAUGCCCAUCAUCGCCAUACAAAAUCUGCUACCAAAGUCCCAGGCAUCGGUCGCCAUGUCGCUGCUCAUAUUUUCUCAGACCUUUGGCGGUGCCCUCUUCCUUGCUCUGGCACAAACAGUUUUCAACACUGGACUCUCCUCAGCGCUCCAAAAGUACGCACCUGAAGUGGCGGCUGAGACCGUCCUUGCUGCUGGUGCCACAGGAGUGAAAAAUGCCGUUUCUAAAGCUGCACUACCACAAGUGCUGCAGGCCUACAGCGUGGCCGUCAACCACGUUUUCUACCUUGGAGCUGGUGCAGCUGCAGCAGCUACGAUCGCUUGCUUAGGCAUGGGUAUGCAUAGCAUCAAGAAGGCUCAGGCGGCUCAGACAGCUGCUGCGGUGCCUGAGACAUCCGAGAAAGAGAUUGUUUGA